AAUAGAACAGAGUAGGGGAUACGGGCUUCUCUGUGUGUGUGUGUGUGUGUGUGUGUGUGUGUGUGUGUGUGUGUGAGCAUGCGUGUGGCGAAGCGGUGAACAUGUGCACGGAAGUUUAAAAACACGGCAGAGGCUGCAACCCCGCAGGAGAAAGACGCUGCCUGUGAGCAGCUCCGUGUGUCCCUGCAGGAGCUCCCCUGAGCCUCACCCUCACCGUCUCCGUAACCCAGCUGCUGAGGUCACCACAAGUUGACAGAACACUUUCCCUCUUUCUUCCUGCCCCCCCUGAUAAUGUCAGAGCAUUUUGCCAAGAUGACGCUGGCCACCCCCCCGUCAUCGCGGGGGGCCCCCCACCAGAAGGUAUGCCACUCCCAAACGCAGACGGACGUGCUGAAGCCACUGCUGGGAGGGGGGUCUGGGGGCCACCACUCUGCCGCCGGGCGGCGCCGGCGCCGCGUGCUCACCAAGGACGGGCGGAGUAACGUGCGCAUGGAGCAUGUGAGUGGGCGUGGCGCGCUCUACCUCAAAGACCCCUGGACCACCUUCGUGGACAUGCAGUGGCGCUACAAGCUCAUCAUGUUCUGCGCCACCUUCGUGGGCACCUGGUUCAUCUUCGGACUGCUCUGGUACCUGCUGGCCUUCCUGCACGGGGACCUGCUAGAGUUCGAUCCUCCAGUGAACCACACAGUGUGUGUGAUGCAGAUGCAGACACUGACGGGGGCCUUCCUGUUCUCCCUGGAGUCGCAGACCACCAUUGGCUACGGGUACCGCUGCAUCACGGAGGAGUGCGCGCCAGCCAUCAUCCUCCUCAUCCUGCAGCUGCUCAUCACCACUGUCAUGGAGAUCUUCAUCACUGGAACCUUCCUUGCCAAGGUGGCACGACCGAAGAAGCGAGGCGAGACGGUUCGGUUCAGCCAGCAUGCUGUCGUCUCCAGUCACGAUGGCCGGCCUUGCAUCAUGAUCCGUGUGGCCAACAUGCGCAAGAGCCUGCUGCUGGGCUGCCAGGUGACGGGUAAGCUGCUGCAGCCGUGCGUGGCUAAGGAGGGGGAGACGGUGCGUCUGGAGCAGCGCAACGUGGCCUUCAGCGUGGACACAGCCAGCGAGAGCCCCUUCCUCAUCCUCCCCCUCACCUUCUACCACAUCAUCGACAGCAACAGCCCGCUACGAGCAUGGGCCGUCAAGGGUGGGGGCUGGUCGGACCCCGAGCUGGCUGACUUUGAGCUGCUGGUGAUGAUGAGCGCCACGGUGGAGCCCACCUCUGCCACCUGCCAGGUGCGCACCUCCUACCUGCCGGACGAGAUAUUGUGGGGCUACGAGUACCCGCCUGUCGUAACCCUCUCGUCCACCGGCAAGUACGUCGCCGACCUUGCCUACUUCGACAAGGUCGUCAAGACCAAGACCCCGCCCACCUUCAAGGAGACAACGGCCACGCCUAACUGCCAGGGUUACUCUAGCGGUGGCGGAGAGGGAGGGGGAGGGACGGAGGGGACGGACCCUGAGAAGAUCCUUCUGGAGCAGAGUUACCGGGAGCGUGCAGGCGAGGAGCGGGCCGUCAGGGCGAGGGAGACCAGCCCGCUCAGUGUACGAAUCAGCAACGUCUGAGUGCGUGCACACACACGAACACACGUUUGUGCAUGUUUGUUUGUGUGUGUAUGUGUGUGAGGGUGCAUCUGGAGCAGAGAUACCAGGAGUGAACCUCCACAUCAGUAACGUCUGAGUGCGCACAUACAUACACACACAGACACACACGGAGUGUGUACAUGUGUGUAUAUGUUUGUGGCAGAGGUGCAAAUACACACACACACACACACACACAAGCACUUUCACAUUUGGAUACCUAUACACGCUGAUGCCAACACACACACACACACACACAGAAGAUUAACUUUUGUUGCUGUACCUCAUGGGAGGAUGGUUUGACAGACAUUAUGUUUGCAGAAUUGAAGAAAUGAGAUUCAGGUAACUAUGAAAAAGCAGAGAUGACAAAAAUAGAGAGAAAGAGGCAGACAGGAAGAGUGGGGUGAGAGACACACACACUCAGUAAAUGAAUGUAUGAGGAGCGAUGGCAGGUAGGGGCUGAUUGGUGAGUGCAUCUGGAUUGCCAGAUUGCAGGUCUCACAAGAUGGACAACGCUGUCAUGGACGCACCUUCGACUCAAUCCAUGGACUUAAGUAAUGUGAUGUAGCAAUGACCAAUAGGAAAAGAAUGUAGAUUUCUUUUUUUAAAAUGGUGCCUUUUUUAUUGUUGUUCCUAACAAAGCACUUUAGGUAGCAUCUCAAAAGAGUAGCGCCUGGUUGCCCUCCCCCCAGAAAAAAAUCAGUUACAGAUGCCAGUAAAAAUACUAAAGCACUUUAAAUGACUAGGACUGUAAACACAAAUACUGGAUUAUGUGAAUAAAAAUGUAAAUAAAUUUGUUUGAAUAUAUUUGGACCUAA